AUGACCAAGACCAAAGAGCUGUCCAAGGAUGUCAGGGACAAGAUUAUAGACCUGCAUAAGGCUGGACUGGGCUACAAGACUAUUGCCAAGCAGCUUGGUAAGAAGGUGACAACAUUUGGUGCAAUAAUUCACAAAUGGAAGAAACACAAAAUAACUGUCAACCUCCCUCGGUCUAGGACUCCAUGCAAGAUCUCAUUUCGUGGAGUUGCAGUGAUCAGGAGAACAGUGAUGAAGCAGCCCAGAACUACAUGGGGGGAACUUGUCAAUGAUCUCAGGGCAGCUGGGACCAUAGUUACCAUGAAAACAGUUGGUAACACACGACGCCGUGAAGGACUGAGAUCUUGCAGAGCCCGCAAGGUCCCCUUGCUCAAGACAGCACAUGUACAGGCCCUUCUGCAGUUUGCCAAUGCACAUCUGAAUGAUCCAGAGGAGAAGUAGGUGAAAGUGUUGUGGUCAGAUGAGACCAAAAUCGAGCUCUUUGGCAUCAACUCAACUCGCCAUGUUUGGAGGAGGAGGAAUGCUGCCUACGACCCCAAGAACACCAUCCCCACUGUCAAACAUGGAGGCGGACAUAUUAUGCUUUGGGGGUGUUUUUUUGCUAAGGGGACAGGACACCUUCACUGCAUCUAAGGGAUGAUGGACGGGACCAUGUAUCGUCAAAUCUUGGGUGAGCACCUCCUUCCCUCAGCCAGGGCAUUGAAAAUGGGUCAAGGAUGGGUAUUCCAGCAUGACAGUGACCCAAAACACACGGCCAAGGCAACAAAGAGUGGCUCAAGAAGAAGCACAUUAAGGUCCUGGAGUGGCCUAGCCAUCAAAAAUCUGUGGAGGGAUCUGAAGGUUCAAGUAGCUAUACAUCAGCCUCGAAAUCUUACUGACUUGGAGAGGUUCUGCAAAGAGGAGUGGGACAAAAUACCUCCUGAGAUGUGUGCAAACCUGGUGGCCACCUACAAGAAACAUCUGACCUCUGUAAUUGCCAGCAAGGGUUUGGCCACCAAGUACUAAGUCAUCUUUUGCAAAGGGAUCAAAUACUUAUUUCACUCAUUAUAAUGCACAUCAAUCUCUGGCUUUUGUCUUCUGGGUUUCUGGGUUUUUUUUCCUGUUGUUAUUCUGUCUCUCACAGCUACAAUAAACCUACCAUUACAAUUAUGGACUGGUCAUUUCUUCGUCAGAGGGCAAACGGGAAAAUUUAGCAGGGGAUCAAAUACUUCCCCCCCCCCACUGUAUGUAUGUAGGAGAGGGUAUAUUAAUUUCAAUUUAUCUUGCAGGCCUCCAUGUGUAUGGAUUGUAGAGAGUUUUAAAAUCCCAUCCUUGGCAGCGCACUUAAAAGCAUAGGAAUUAGGCUGUGAACCUGCAGGUAUAGGGCGGUAUAUAAAUUCAAUAAAUAAUAAAUAAUAAAACCUUGUUUUGAGCAAGUCCAGCUAUGAAGUAAGCUGGAUCCCUUUUCUUACACUGCUAAAUAAAGAAUCAGGCAACACUUGUAAAGUAAGUUUAAAAAUAAGAUUCACUUACUUGGAUUGGUUCACAGCAACUAUGCAGGCAAAAUACUUUUAUUUACAGUAUAACCAGCUUCAGGCAGCUGGAGCAAACAUCUGCAUCCAACAGUGGUCAAAGGAAAAGAGAGAACAGAAAGAACUAUAUGCUCUUUCCUCUCCAGGAAAGGAAGGGAAAAUGACAUCACACAGAGCCCUUGCUACCAGUUGUAUUCCUGUGGUCUGAGUAUCUGCCCAUCAGCAAUACAGCUCUGUAGCAGUAGCCUCUUCCUUGUUAACUAUAACAAGAAUACACAUUUGUUAAGUUUGGCUGCUAAUCUCCCACAGGUCCUUCUAGCUCAGUAUUGUCUACACUGACUGGCAGUGACUAUUCAGGGUUUCAGUUCUCCUAGCCCUACCUGGAGAUUCUGAUUACACCUGAGACCUUCUAUAGUACAUUCAAGGCAGUUCUACUACUGAGCUACAGCUCUUCCACUUUAAUUACAGUCUGAACUUGCCAGUAUGCAGUGGGUCCCACCUGGAAAGUAGCAACAGUCUGGAAUCAUUAUAUUUAGUGUACUGAUUAUAUUUAGUAUACUAUGUUACAUUAUAUAUUUCUUUCUUGUGUUUUUUCUUUGCACUUUUCUCUCUCUUUUUCUUUUCCCUCUUCUCUUCUGUAACCUUCGAUGCCUCCCUUUCCAUGGAGGCACAGAUUGCAGCCACAGCAAAGGUGGCAUUUUUCCAUCUCCGCUGUAUCAAGCAGUUGGUCCCUUACCUUUCUCGUCCUGAUCUGGCCACAGUGAUCCAUGCAACGGUCACCUCCAGGCUUGAUUAUUGUAACUCGCUCUACGCGGGGCUGCCCUUGAAGCUGACCCAGAAACUCCAGUGGGUGCAGAAUGCCACGGCAAGGCUCCUUACGGGGUCGUUGCCACGGGAUUACAUUAAUCCAGUGCUUUACCAGCUGCACUGGCUCCCGGUGGAGUACAGGGUCAGGUUUAAGGUGUUGGUUUUUACCUUUAAAGCCCUAUGUGGCCUAGGACCCAUGUACCUAUAGGACCACCUCUCCUGGUAUGCCCUGCAGAGGACCUUAAGGUCCACAAAAGACAACACUUUGGAGGUCCCAAGUGGCAAGGUGGUUAGAUUGGUCUCAACUAGGACCAGGGCCUUUUUAGUACUGGCCCCGACUUGGUGGAACGCUCUGUCACAAGAGACUAGGGCCGUGCGGAACUUGACAUCUUUCCACAGGGCCUGCAAGACAGAGCUGUUCCACCUGGCCUUCAGUUUGGACUCAAUCUGACCCUUAUGUUUCCCUCCCCUUAUGGUUUUGAUCUAUGGGCUACUUUUAAAAUGAGGCUGCAUUUUAAAUUGUAUUUUUAACCUGUAUUUUAAAUUGGUUUCCCCCAUUAUGUUUUUAUUGUAAUUUUACUGGUGUUAGCUGCCCUGAGCCUGGCUCUGGCCGGGGAGGGCGGGGUAGAUAUAGAUAUAUAUAUAUAUAUAUAUAUAUAUAUAUAGAUAGAUAUAUAGAUAUAUAGAUAUAUAUAAUAUUAUUAUUAUUUUAUCACUUUAUCUUAUAUAACUGAAAUUCUCUUAAUAAAAUAUUAUUAAUAAUGAAGUCUGGAAGCUGCCUAAAGCAGUGAGGAUCACAGAUGAAUUGUAUGCUAAACGCUUUACAGCAUGGUGGCUGGCAGUUUCUGGUAUGCAGUGCUCUGAGGAUGACCACAUGCCAGCAGUGUGUGUAGCUACAGCAAAAGCAGGUAUUGCCAAUCCACAGUCUUGCAUGUACACAGCACACGAGUGUUCUUACCACACAUGAAGUAAACACAUAUGCAGAUCACACACGCAGGCCACUUCCUGGCCCGUCUGUGGUGUCAUAGCUGGCUGGGAUUGGAGAGAGUAUUGGUCUAAAAACAUCUGGGAACCCAAGGUUCAAGAGCAUUAGUCUGUGACACCAACAAUGCCCAUCAUUCCUGACCAUUAACUAAGUUGCUUGGGACUGGGGGAGUUGUAGUCCUAUCACAUUGGAGACCUGAGGUUCAAGAACACUAAUCUGCUGUGAUUCUCCAGGAUCUCAGACCGAUGCCUUUCCCAUCCACUGCUACCUGAUCUGUUCAAGUGGUGAAGCCAGGGUCUGGACCUGGGACCACCUGCAUGCAGGGUGUGUUAUCUCUCCCUUAGCCUAAGCCCCAUCUCCCUGCCCAAUGUCUAUUGGCCUAUUAGAAGUGUUUGAUAACAUUGCAAUAGUACAGUAGUAUUAACCUGAGAUAUGAGCCGUCACCUCUCUUGCAUCACAGUUCCUUCAUAAUUUCCUGUCACCUUAAGUCAGAUAUAAGCAGAGAGAGAAGCCAGGAUGCAUUCUGCACCCCCGCCCAUCAAUUCUCAAUCCAUAACAGAAGAAGAAGUGGGCAUGAUACCUGAUGUGCUUGCCAAUAUUUACAGAGUUUUCAAUCUCAAAAGUCAGUAAGGUGGAGUGCCCAUUUUGGCUGCAAGAAGUUCCUGCUGAGGUGGUUUUAAGUUACCCAAAGAAAGGCCUGGAAAUUACAAACCUGGAACUUGAGUGUGUGGUAAUAAUUUACUUCUACCUCACUUUUUUCGUUACCCAGGUGAGAAACAACAUUUUAAAUAAAACACAGAACCAAGGAAAUUAAUUCAAAUCCAGCGAGGGAACCAGCGUUUAUUGUAACUAUUGCAAUAGUUCAGGGCUCAACUUAACGUGGUUGUUAUAGCUAAACUGCCAGUUAAGAAGUCUGCCACAAGGAGAAUUAGAACAAGGAUUCAUAGGGAGAGAAAACAACAGAGUCAUAAAACACCAAAUAUCUUUCUACAUACGUAAAGAAAGGUUACAGAUCAAAGAAUAUAAAGUUGCAUGACUUCACACUGGUAUCAACUUCCUUGGUGUGUUUCAAAACAUGUGGUCUCAGCCUACAACUUAUCUGGCAGGUGUCUAGACAACCAGGCUUUCCCAUAUCUGUUCCUGGAACCUCUUGAGGCGAUGCUGGUGCUAACUCACAACAUAGGAAAACAUCCUAUCAUUUGCGCCGCUUUCAGGGUCAGAUAGGAGAGAUGGAAUGCAGUGAAGGGGAGAGGAAUGAGUGCCACAAAAUGCAGGCACGCAUGAAUAAUUCAUGGAUGCAUUCUGGUCAAAGUUUAAAUGCAAUUAAUAUUGGAACAUUUUAAAAAUAAAUUUAAAAAUCUGCACCCUUGGUCUCUAAUUCUUAUACAGUAGUACCUCGGGUUACAGACGCUUCAGGUCACAGAUGCUUCAGGUUACAAACGCAGCUAACCCAGAAAUAGUACCUCUGCUUAAGAACUUUGCUUCAGGAUGAGAACAGAAAUCGUAUGGUGGCGGCGCAGCGGCAGCAGGAGGCCCCAUUAGCUAAAGUGGUGCUUCAGGUUAAGAACAGUUUCAGGUUAAGAACGGACCUCUGAAACAAAUUAAGUUCUUAACCCGAGGUACCACUGUAUCAGGAGGGAGUUUUCUUACUUAUAAAAAUGUUUGAAUAGCUCUAUAUUUCUAGAAGUUGCCUCAGUGACUACAGCUUAGCUGGCCUUGGGAUCCAUUAAUGCCUACAGACUAUUGCUGAGGAACCUCAGGCUUUCAGGACCAUGGGUAGGCAAACUAAGGCCCGGGGGCCGGAUCCGGCCCAAUUGCCUUCUAAAUCCAGCCUGCGGACGGUCCAGGAAUCAGCAUGUUUUUACAUGAGUAGAAUGUGUCCUUUUAUUUAAAAUGCAUCUGUGGGUUAUUUGUGGGACAUAGGAAUUCAUUCUUUUCUUUUUUUCAAAAUAUAGCCUGGUCCCCCACAAUGUCUGAGGGACAGAGGAUCGGCCCCCUGCUGAAAAAGUUUGCUGACCCCUGACUCAGGACAAAUGCAGCCCCCCAGUCCUCUCUGCGUGGCCCUCAGAACUUUCCUCAGGUCAUACUCAAGCCACACCCUCUACUCAGGUUACAGCAGGGGUCGGCAACGUGCGGCCCAUGGGCUGGAUGCGGCCCAUGAAGACGGUUUUACCGGCCCAUGAGCUGAACAGAGCUGCCUGCUCAGUGAGUCCCCUGCACGCUGCGCUAAACCGGCAGAGCACAGGGACUUGCCGAGCAGCACUGGAAAUUGCAUCUGCGCACAUGCAGAUACAGUGGAUGCUCGGGUUGCGAACGUGAUCCGUGCGGGAUGCACGUUCACAACCGCAGCAUUCGCAACCCACAGUGGCGCAUCUGUGCACACGCGGGUUCUGAUUCAGCGCUUCUGUGCAUGCGCAAAGUGUGAUUUAGCACUUCUGCGCAUGCGCGACCACCGAAACCCAGAAGUAACCCAUUCCAGUACUUCUGGGUUUUGGCGGUCCGUAACCUGAAAAAAUGCAACCUGAAGUGUCUGUAACCCAAGGUAUGACUGUACUGGAAAUCACGUCUGUGCAUGUCCAGAUGCCGAAAAUUGCUUCUGUGAUUUUUGGCAUCUGGACAUGCGCAGAAGCAAUUUCCGGUGCCAAGGACAUGCGCAGAUGUGAAUUCUGGCAUUGCACUGUGCCUGUGAUGGCCUGGGAAUCUGAUUCAGAGGCUGAACCGGAGGAAUCCCAGCCUGCACAGGAGUCCCCGCCUCCAGGGCCGGCUGAGCCGGGGCAGGGGCUUGAAUCUGAAGGGUCCUCACCUGUGCUGGAUCCUCAGGAGCAGACACCAGCUGAAUCCGCUCUGGCUCCGGAGGUGAUCGAGGACCCAUUGCCUGCAGGUGCUCCUCUCCCAGCCCUGUCAGGGGAAGGUGAGGUUGCCUCUGGGUCCAGUAAUCCUCCAGCCUCUCCCUCCAGCCUCUCCUGAGCUGCAGAGGCUCAGGGCAGAGAGGUGGAGGGAACUAAGUUCUCUCAGGAGCCCUAGGCCUCAGAGGAGAUAAAGGACAGUCAGCCCAGUCCCAGGUUGCGGGAGCAACAUCGUUGGAAACCUGUUCCUGUCAGCACCCUGACCUGCUCUCCCAGAGUUCCUGACCACGCCUGGCUCCUUACCUUAGACCCCACAUCAGCCUCAGACCAUGCCGCACGGUAACCCCCCGGGACCAGCACAGUGCAAGUCCUUUCCACGGACAAUCUCCGUGGGAGUGAUCCAGUCCAUGGCCCGUAAUGGGCUUCAGACACAAAGCACAUCGAUGAGGCAGUCUUGAAGUACCAGCUCUCCUCAGUUUCUAGUACAGUGGUACCUCGGGUUAAGUACUUAAUUCGUUCCAGAGGUCCGUUCUUAACCUGAAACUGUUCUUAACCUGAAGCACCACUUUAGCUAAUGGGGCCUCCUGCUGCUGCCACGCCGCCAGAGCCCGAUUUCUGUUCUUAUCCUGAAGCAAAGUUCUUAACCUGAAGCAUUAUUUCUGGGUUAGCGGAGUAUGUAACCUGAAGCGUAUGUAACCUGAAGCGUAUGUAACCCGAGGUACCACUGUAAUAGAUCAUGGAUGGGGAACCUUUUUCAGUCUGAGGACUGCAUUCUCUUCUGGAUAGCUUUUUUGGGGUGGGGGUAGGGCACUUGCCAGUGGUGGGCAGGACCAGAGGUAAAAUAGGAUGGUCAACUAAAGCAAAUUUUACCUUUGCUGAGUAGUCUUGUUUCUAAACACGCACACACUGCAUCUCCAAGGCGUUAUGAGAUUAUAAGAAGACAUUCAAGAUAGGCAAAUAUACUGGUAAAGGUAAAGGGAGCCCUGACCGUUAGGUCCAGUCACGGACAACUCUAUGGUUGCGGAGCUCAUCUCGCUUUACUGGCCGAGGGAGCAAGCGUACAGCUUCCCGGUCAUGUGGCCAGCAUGACUAAGCUGCUUCUGGCAAACCAGAGCAGCGCACAGAAAUGCAAUUUACCUUCCUGCCGGAGCAGUACCUAUUUAUCUACUUGCACUUUGACGUGCUUUCAAACUACUAGGUUGGCAGGAGCAGAGACGGAGCAACGGGAGGUCACCCCUUGCGGGGAUUCCACCUUUUGAUCUGCAAGCCCUAGGCUCUGUGGUUUAACCCACAGCGCCACCCACAAAUAUAUUGGAGGAGGAUGCAAAAUAAGGCUAGUCAGAGGCUGUGGCCCAGGGUUCGGCAAGGUUUCUCAGAAUCUCAGUUUCGACGGGCUAGCUGUGGUUGCCCAUUGGUGAAUGGGCACAUAUGACCUGAAUCUCUCUCUCUCCUCUUUAUUGUAACCCACAAUAAUUAUGGCUUGAAAACAGGUGCAGGUGCGUCAGGAUGUCCUGCUUCAAGCUGAGCUGCGUCAGGAUGUCCUGCUUUCUCGUAGAACUGGGAAUCCUUUGAAAGAAAGAAAAAACAUUGGUCCCCCCUUUUUUUAAAAUGUCGGCAGUUUUUUUAAAAAAAAGAAGAAGAAGAGAAGUGGGGUCUCUGGUGAGAAGGGAAGCCUUAGACGGGAGUGAAAUUAACCAGGCAGAAACUGACAGGCUAACUAACCAGGCGGAUCGCUGGGCUUCCCCCUUCCCUGCGGUGGGGGGUCGGGUGUCCUAACGCCCACGGACUCUGUCUGCCGCCUCCCACGGGCACACAGCAAGGAGGAAGACCCAUUAGGCAGCCCCACCUCAAACUGUGUGACGCGGAGUUGCCAUGACCACUCUUUUACGCUACAACGGCUGAGCCAGGGGAGAGGCACGGGGCGCAUUUCAGCACCGCCGUGGCCGCGGACAGCAGCCUCGGCGCCGAGUCUCCGCUCUUCUUUCCCCCCUCCCUCCCCUCCCGUUCCCUGAUUUCGGGCUUCCCUCCCCCCCUUGGCUCCGAGGGGGACUGGCGGGAGGCGGAGCCCUUGUGGACUUAUCUCUCCCCCUGGCGCCCUCACAAGCUCCAGCUGAUCCAUCCCCGAAGGGAAACGGAGGGAGGACAAGGGCUGUGAGGGGUGCGCCUUGCCAUUCUCUCGCCUGCAGGCUUGAGGGACGCUGAGGGGGAGAGGGGGACCAGGAUCAACCGCUUCCACGAGGCCAACUCGGUAAGUGCUUGACCGAGGCAAGGAAGCCGAGGCAAGGCAAAGGUCUACACGAAGGGGUUUCUUUUAAGGUAGCUCAGAGGCAUAUAUUUCUGGAGUUGCCUCUGGCGCUCCAGGUUGUUCGUUGUGGUCGUUCGUUGUUGUCACCCGCAUAAAUGUGCGUGGCAUUCAGAAUAACACUAGAGCGUAAGGAACCUAGAAACUAUACCCUCACAUAGGGUCUGUCUUUUGGACGUAGUUCUGCAUAUAGUUCUAUAGAGACGGAGGACAGCGCGUCCGUGCAGUCGGUUGUUUUUGGGGCUUGGAUGAACCUCCUUGAGGUUUAGCAGCCCAGCAAUUGUUUGACUGAGCAUAUAUCACUUUUGCCGACUGCUGUAAGACCUUUGGCCGCAGCCCAUCAAAGUGUUGGGAGAUGCUCAAGUUCCAGUGAGUCGCAUUGUUUUCUAGCCGAGUUCCAUUGGUUUUCCGUUGGUUGCAAGGAAGCGUGUGUUGGAAGUGUCUAACUUCUGUUGUUUUGUCCUCAUCCCCCGAAAAUGGAAAACUGAGAGAUGCUGUCUUUGAACAUGGGAAUUCCAUCCGUAGCAUAUAACAUGGAAAAGGGAAGAAGGAAGGAGUUGAAGCCGUAGGUUGUGCAAUUCUUUACUAAGCGUAAAGAAUCCCUGGGUUCUGUGUAGUGUCUGAGAUCCCCGGUAUCUUUCGGACUUUCUAGAGCGUCCUUAGAAACUAUCCGGGGUUGACUUUUUGGAUUAAAGAAUAGGGGCUGGUAUAUGCUAACUGGAUGUUCUAUGAAGUCUGCUUUUUAAAAAAUGUUUUUAUUGAAGUUUUUCUUGGGUAACGAAAGUACAUACAGCGUCUCUGCUUUCAGUCGAUAGAGCCCUUUCUGUGGAUCGUUUACAUUCAAUGUUAGACACUAAUGUUAUAGACAGUAUGAGGUUCGGGGAGAAGAGAGGUUGGGGGGAUAGAACGGGGAAGAGAGAAGGGGGGUAGUAAACUUUCGUUAUUUUACAUAGUCUAUGUGCAAGGUUUUUGUGUCAGCGUCAUGUAGGUCGGUCCCCCCCCCCCCCAUUCAUUUAAAGUCUGCUUUUGAGUAAAAAUGUUCAUAACUAUAGAAGGUCUCCAGACCACAGGACUUCCUAAAUACUAUUAUAGAUCCUUUGCAAGAUGUGCAUGUGGGCUAAAGAAUCCUUGAGUCAUGUAUAAGUGCUAUAAAAGACCAUCUGAGCUACAGAGGUGUGCACAUGUUGAAAGACUAGGCAUGCUGUAUAAUCUUUAAGUGGUAUAUAUAAGCACUCUUUCUCCCUCUUGCUCGCGUGCUUUGGAUACUAUAGGAGUUUUACAUUUUCUGUGGGAACUCUCGAUGCUACAGAAGAUCUGCCCUUUGCAUAUUGAUUUCAUGAAUUAUGUUCUGAAGUUUUCUACAAGGUUUUGGGAAAGCUAUAUUGUGUAGGUAAAUGUCAUUCUCUUAAAGAGUUAUACAAAAUCCCUGAACAUGGCUUUGCAUAAAAGGUUUCUGUCCAUGUAGAGCCCCUGAGCUUUAUAUAAGACCCCAAAUUAGGGUUGUCAUGUGUCCUCUUUUUCCAGGACAUGUCCUCUUUUUCAGGGGUACAGUUUGAGACAAAUUGCAUUUAUUUGCUUUGAAUAGCUGUCAUAGCAUCCUCUUUUUUGAUCUUCAAAAUAUGGCAACCCUACCAAACUAACAACCAUUAUAUUCUCCAGUCUUUCUGGAUGCUGUACACUUCUUGAGCCUCAUAUAUAGUCCCUUGGCAAAUAUAUGUUCCCUUUUGCUAAAUGGCUUCUAAAGCACUAUACGGUCUAAAAGUCCACCGACUACCUUUAGUUUAAAAGAAAUCUGCAUAUUUGUAAGUAUAUAAAAUGGUGAGUGCUAUGACAUUAUUCGUCCCUGGGACUAACUUGGAACCUGUUGAGUUUUGGAUUAUGAGACUUCUCAAGAUACAUUUGGAUUCAUCAAUGGACUGUAGACUCAUUUUAUUGAACCUGCAAAACCCCUUUAUAUAUGCAAAGUCAGAUCAUUAGUCCAUCUAGUCCAUGAUCAUUUACUAUUAGAGUGUCAGUAUGGUGUAGUGGUUAGACUGUUGGAUAAAGCCCUGGGAAAUGGAGGUACAAAUUCCCAUUCAGCUACGAAGCUCACUGGGUGAUGUUGAGCCUGUCACUGCCUCUCAGCCUAACCCAACUCACAGGGUUCUUGUGUGGAUGAAAUGAGGAGGGGGAGAACCAGGUAUGCCACCUUUAGCUCCUUGGACAAAAAGAUAGGAUGUAAAUGCAAUCAAUCAAUCAAUAUACUCGGCAGAAGUUCUUCAAUGUCUCUCAGGAAGAUGUCUUUCCCAGCCCCUCUACUUCACUGAAAUUGAGACUAGUACCUUGCAGAUAUUAAGCAUGUGCAUUUAGCACUGGUGCUUUUGGCCAAGUUAGGGUUUUAGAACCCCAAAAUCUGCUAAGAUCCCUGGGUCUCUUUAGAAAAGUAUUUCCAAGCUCUGAAUAGUUUCGGAUGCUAGAGAGAUCUGACCAACCCCUUUUCUGCCCUAGAAUUUCACUUGUGUUACGUGAUACUAGGAAGGCUACUGAAUUCUUAUAUCACGGGGGGGGGGGGGGGUGUGCAUGGGUGCAUGCAAGUGUGUAAGCAGUGAAAAACAGGGGCAUUUGCUUCUAGAGUUGACAUAAUUAUUCAACCUUAGGUCUUCAAAUGCUGUUGGACUUCAACUCCCAUCACGCCUGACCAUCAAUUAAGCUUGCUGGGGAUGAUAGGAGUUUUAGACCUCUGGGAAUCCAAGGUUCAAGAGCACUUUCUAUAGCAUCCAUUGCCACUAUUGUCCUUUAAAGUAGGUGGCCCACCCUUACAUUUAUUUUCUCUGUAGUGGAUGUCUGUGGGGGUGUGAAAUAAAUGGUUUUAUGAGCAGAAGUCAGGGCAGUACAUUUGCCUUUCACUUAUUCAACUUGCACUGUAAACUCAGAUUUCUAGCACUAAUUCUUCAAUAACUUCCUAUCCACAGGGUCAACUUUCUCCUGCCACCCUCUCUCCCAUUUUUCUUAUUUUAGCCAUCCCAAUGUGCUUCAUUCAGUCCUUUCAAGUUUGUCAUGCCAAUUCUCCCCAUGGUGCUUUGAUGACAAUAAAUUUUCAUAAAUGAAUCAUUGGUCAAAAUGAUUUGGUUCUCUGAGAAGCUGUUAGAAGCUGGAGAGAGAUGUUGGAAUAAUUUCCCCUUACAGCCACAGGUGGGUUGAGGCUGUAUAAACAUUUGGCACUGAGGGGCAAACAAGCUAGAGUUUCCGCCUCUAAAAUUAUUCCAUGUUCUUUAUUUUUCCUUUCUUUUUAUAUGACUUGAAUUGUCUUUAUCUUGUCUCUGUGCCCCCAAAGCCUACGAUGAAUCAGCAAGCUGAAAAGAGCAGUCACUUUGAUGAAUUCAUCUGCACUUCUGUUUCUUAACUGUUUAUUAUUUUACCAUAGCAGGAGCUAUGGUUCAAAACAGCAACAUUGACUCUAAACAGCAGUAUUUAUUUUUGUUGCGUUUCCCAGCCAGUUAGAAAGCAAACACAGUUUAAACUGAACUCAGAUGCAGAAUUUGCUCUGAAGCUUCAGAAGGGGGUUCUGCUUUAUAACUUGUGUCAUAAUGCAAAAGCAAGAAAGUACUUCUGAACACACAGUGAGUGAAUUGCCACAUCCUAGCCAAUGCAGACUGCAAUUGCUUUUCCACCUGAAGCAACGGUAUUAAAAUGAAGUCCACUAAUUUUCACCUCCAUCUGACUCCACACUAGACCAGGGUAGAGAAAUUCAGACCCAGGCCUCUCUGUAUGACCCUUGAUAUAUUUCUAGGUCCUAUCUGCUAUCCACCCUCCCACCCAACCUCUUAACCUUGACUGAGUGUUUUUGUCUGGCUAGAAUACGUCCUAAAACUCUGAUAACGACUUCUGCUUGCCCUGACAGAGGAGACUAGUCUCUUGUACAAAGCAAAGACGGACAUUCAUCCCACUGACCAUUUUUGUCUUUCACCCUGCCAGUCACUGCAAGUGGACCCCAGAAGGUUGCCUUAGAAGGAAUUGCAGUUCUUUAGUUGAAAAAGAUUCCCCACUCUUGUUUUAGACUCUGAAAUUCAUGGUCUUGAACUUGAAGGUGGGCUAUAAGUGAAAGUGGUAGGAUCUGCAACAAAAUGCUGUAAUAUGCCUGUGUUCCUGUUAGGGCUUCAGAGGUCCAGCAGCCAUGCCUUUCCACCAAAUACUGCCCACUCUACCAGCCAGCCAGCAUCCCAUGACCAUGGUCACUGAGCUUUACUUCCUCCCCUUUGUCCCUGCUUCUGCACACUUUGGAGUUCACUGGCGUCUGCUGGUACCUCUCUGUUGUCUGUGGAUGGUGCCUUUUUGACUACGUAAAAAUAUCCAUAUUCAUUGAAUGAGCUGGCUAUUCAUACAUAGCAGGGGUAGGAAACCAAGUGUGGCUGGCUGGUGGGCUGGAUCUUGACCUCCCUCAAACCCUGCAGGCCAUUCUGGCAGGGAGAUAAGGCCACCCACCUGUCAAUCUGCUGAAAUCACCAAGACAUGAAGAGAAAUAUUUUCUUAGCCUGUGCAGAAAGCUUAGCCUCUAUGAAAGCUAUUUUUAAAAAUUUGAAGGGCUGUGCAUAGGCCCCCAGCCCACCCUGUGGCCCAAAAAUCUGCAGCCCCUAGAUUUACCUUGUUCCUGCCCCAGGGGAUACCCACCACAGAUUCAUACCUGAAGCAAUGCAGAACUUUUAAGGGAGUCCACCAAAGCAGUUUGUCUCCCAGGUAGGGAUGUUAAAUAAAAGACAAGACCAGGGAGUAUAAAAUAAGGCACCCAGUAGUUCCCUAGUUUAUUCUACUGCAGUAAGUCAGCACCCAUAGAACAAGUUUGAAUGGAACUGCCCCAAACAAGGAGACUUCAUACAUUGGCACAAUAUACAUUUUCUAUCACAGGGUUAAGUAAAGUUGCCAUAAAGUUGUUGAGCUAUUUUAAAGGAAAUUGGGGGGGGGGGGAGCCCACUUACAACACAUGGGUUGACAUAUGUCCAGAUUUAAGCGAUUCUCACCCAGACACUGUUUCUGAUGGCAAAAUUUCGGCAAUUUCCAGGAAAUUCUGGAUUUAUGGCUUUGUUAGAAACUCAUGCAAGGAUCCUUCUCUUUGUACAGGCACUUGGUUUUCUGGAACAUAUAUAUUGGGGUGAUUCUGCUUUGUGAAACAAAUUUAACAGGUAUUGGGGGUGUCUUUUGAUACCUUCUACCUAAGGGCGUGCAAAUCCUGCCAGAGGAAUUCUGCUUUGUAGUUUGAUUUCUGAAUCUUAAGCCAGCUGCUUCUGCAGAAAGCCCUGAUUCCAUUGAUUUCACAUCCUUCGCUUAACAUGAUCAGCUUCUUCUUGCUGACAGUUAAUGACCCUGGAUAGAUUGACACAAGAAAGUUUUACACCUGUUUGCACUGCUUUGUGUUUUCUGGUCUUAUUACAGCCACAUAAAGUUAGUUGUGCAAGCAAUGUUGCCGUCAGGGUAGGACUUCAGAACAGAAUGAGCAGGGCAGCCCUUAAACACAGCAGGACCAGCUUUCUACAUUUUCAAGUAACCGAAAUAGAGCAUAUUGCCACCUAAAGGAUACAUCUCAAUACAAUUAAGUCUACAGUCCAAAGUAACCUAACUGCACCACUGUCUGCUGGUGUUGCUUCGAAGUCUGUUUCAGUUGCAUUAGGAAAGAGGAUAACUGCUAGAACUGAAAAAUCACAAUGCUGCUACUUUUUCCUAUGGCUAGAAUGGAUUGAAAUGUCACUGCUGACGUUAUUACCAUGCUGCUGAAAGACGAGGAGAGAAUGAUGGAUGGGGCCAAAGUGAGGAGCUUUGCUUCAAUAUGCAUUGCAAGCCUUUCCCACCUGUAGCAUAAAUAAGAUUUGCUGAAUGCCAUUGCCAGUUGCUUCUGCGUGAAGGUGUGGCUCAGCUUUCUUAAUGACCAUGCUAAAUCACUACAAAGCUUAAAUGUGAAACUCCCAUCUGCCAAGCAACAGUUAGGACUGUCAGUAACAAUGUGGCUGUUAAUAAUCACCACACACAGACAUCCCCUUCAAGUGUUCCGAUUGUUCCAGGACAUCCCCAGAAUUACAGAAGCCAUCCCAGCUUCUGAUUUGAUCCUGGAAUGUCCCAUUUUGCUCCUCUAGUGUUGCCGCCACCAAGCUCGGGGAGGAGGAUGAGCCGGCGCUAGCAGUUGACGCUGGCACUUGCAGUGCUGCUGCUCACUCACGCAGGUCAGCUGAUUCAUGUGAGAGCAUGGCACCAAAAGACACGUGCUCUGAUCUUCAUCAGAGGAAUGUUGGAAGGUGUGCCUGGAGGUUACAACAGAGGAAGCCAUGACUGUUAGGAUGGUAUGAUAUGGCUUUAGAUGUAUAGUGCAGAUGGGGCCAAGCUUAAGUCAUUUCCCCACCAUAACAUUUAACACACAUUUCAAGCGCAUGGCUUCCCCCAAAUCCUGGGGGCUGUAGUUUACCCCCAAACACUUGUGUUUGACAAAUCACUGAUCUCACCUAUGUCUUUGAAGGGCAAUGUCAUGAAUGCAAGGUUAGAAACUUGUCCAUAACUUAGUACAGCAGGUGGACUACUCAGGUUUCAAAAAGCCAUGUUACUGUUUGUUCUUAUCCCACAGCAUUUCAUUGGGAGGUUCACGCUUUCAUCGGUGACAAGAUGUGCAUUUCAUAUUUUUGCCAAAGGAUCCAGUGAUUCAUCACAUUGACUCUUCGGCAGUGCAUACUUGGCAAAAAUCCAGCUAUCGUAAGUUUGAAUCUGUUUAUUUCUCAGUGGAGACUCUGCUAAGAAAGUUAAGCUCUUGCAAUAGGAGGUAGAAAAUAUAUACGGAAGCCCAAUUGUAAGUUAGAUAAUAGUGUGCAAGCUUUCUGGGUUUCAUCAGGAAGAAAUGUUCAGGUAUAUUAUUUCUACCCCAAGCUAAUCCCACCUUCUUUCUGUCUUUUGGGGCAGAGGACACAUCUGAACAAAGUUCAUCAACCAACAGGUGUCUCAAUAGGAGCUUGAUAAAUUUGAUUCCCGCCCCCCCCCCCCAGCUAGCAAAACUGGAGGGGGUGUGUGUGUAUGUCAGGCUGGAAAUACUACCUCUUACUUUUCAGAGCAUGAUCUGUGCAAAGUUAAAGGCCACCACAGAUUUGGAGUGGGGAGAGCUGGAAAUGGUGUGUGUUUAUGGGUGUGUGCAUAUGCAUGUGUACAUGUGUAUGAGAGGGGGGCAUAUGUGGUGGGUGUAUGUGGUCUGAAAGUAUAGUGUGUGUAUGCAUAUGCUGGUUACUCCCACUGCUAGAAUAUGGCCCUCAGAGAGGUGGGUGCCUAGCAAUGUGCUCCCUGGGCUUAGAAACAAUAGCCAGUCCUGUUCUACACAAUGCACUCAAGCACAAUAGGACUUUUUAUUAUAUGAAUGUCAUUAUUGGGUACUAGGAAGGUAGUUUGGGGAGAACAUGGCCUCUGUUGUAGAGAUCAUUGAAUGCUAAAAUAAUUGGCCUAUUUUUAUUUAUUUAAAAAGAGCAGUUACCUAGUCCUCAAGAGCCCUUUUCUGAUUAUUGAAAUAUGGGAAUACUCAACAUAGAAUCAUAGAAUUGAAGAGUUGGAAGGUACUCAAAGGAUCACCUAGUACAACACCCCCACCCCACCCCCACUGUAAUGCAGGAAUCACAGCUGACAUACGGCCGUCCAACUUCUGCUUAAAAAUCUCCAAGGAAGGAGAGUCCAUCACCUUCUGAAGAGGUCUGUUCCACUGUUGAACAGCUCUUACCACCAGAAAGUUCUUCCUCACAUUUACCUGGAAUUGCCUUUCUUGUAUUUUGAAUCCAUUGGUUUGGGUCCUACCCCCUGGAACAUCAGAAUGCAGACUAAUAACAUAAAGAAAAACACAUAGAACAGGAGUGAGGACACACCUUUUGUCUCUACUCCUGAUCUCUACGCAUUGACCAUUCCAUUGUGCAUAGAGCCUGAGGAAGUGGUAGGUGCAAUUUGAUGCUCUAUAAGGUUCCCCAUCAUGGGGUGAACAGCUGCACUUAUUUAAUCUGCACAUGUGUAGACUCCAUUCAGAAAUAAACAAUAUGUGGAAGUCAGGACAGGAGUCAGAAUAGCAAGGGCAUUUCUGCUCUCCCUCCAUGUCUACUAUGUAUUUUGGAAAGUUGUUUGCAUUUGGACACCUCUUAAAAUAUUAUAGCUAAAUUUUUCAUGGUGGUUCCUGAGCUCAAGGAGUAAAUUUAGAUUUGGAUAGAACUGGAUGCCAUUUUAAAUCAAGAUGGUGGGCUGAGCCUAUCAAAGCACCAGUGAUUUGAACCACUGAUUUUGAAACUGAAGUGCGCUUUUUAUGUUGUUGUUCCUUAUACUUCCCAAACAACAACAGAUACGAGGCUGUUAGGAAUAAAUAUUCCCAGAUUUCAACUGUGUGAAAAAGUGUUCAGAAUCAGAUGGGAGGGGCCUCAGAAACAGUAUGGACAGAUUCUGUCCAGUGCUUAGCUAUGUUUUUAUGAGCAGUCACGUUUUGUAGAUAUUGAUGUUUUAGUUUGGUUGGGUCUGGCCAUCACCAUGUAACUUGAUGGCUUGGUGCUAUUUGCUUCACAUUUCUUCUGAAGUGGGUGGGAAGUGCUAGUUUACCCAGAAGUAAGUACUGUUGAGUUCAAUGCAACUCUUAAAUAAGGCUGCUUAAUAUACUAAACAAGGCUUAGUAUUAAUGUUCCCCAUUAGUAUUGCUCAAAACCAGUUUGUGUGGAAGACGCUGUAAUAUUUAAGGCAACUUAAAUGCAUUUUUAAAGGCUACAAAAAUACAGUUAAAUAAAAAAAUGCACUGACUGGAGAAGUUAUCUCAUACCAGAUCCAUCCCACCAAGUACUGUCUAUCCCGAGUAGCAGUGGCGAUGCAAGUUCUCCAAGGACAGAAGUCUUUUCCAUCACUCGCUGCAUCAUCAACUACCAAAUCUACUAACCUGGAGAGGCCUGGGAACUCCUGCAGGUAAAAUAUGUGCUCUAUCUAACACACAGGUAUGGUCCUGGUUACAAUUAGAAUAGUAUAUAAAAAUCCAGAAGACAGGAGAGUUAAAUACCAUCAAAAUAUUUGCCAAUGUAAACCAGCUUUAAUCUGGUACCUAAACAAUGCUAAUGGUGGCGCCUGGUGAAUGUAUUUUGGGAGCAGCAUUCCAUAAACAAGGAACUGCAAGAGAGGGCCUUGCUGCUGGUAAAUGUCCAUGUGAUUCUAGCCACAGCUCAGGGGUACAGAAUAUAUUUCAGCCAGAGGGCCACAGUUCCUUCUGGGCAACCUUCUGAGGGCCACAUGCCAGUGGUGGGUGGGGAAAAGCAAUUAAUGUAAUAUUUUUCCCCUUAUAUGGUAGGCUAGCUUCUAUACUUACUAUCACACAACUCUCUCUAUCUGCCACCAAGGAGCAUUAUCAGGGUUCAGGGACACAUUCAAGCCAGGCAACAAACACUCAAGGAGGGCAGGGUGCGUGAAGGGUGUAGCCUGUGGAGAGGACCAGACAGAGAGCCCUAGAAGGCUGCAUUUGGCCCUUGGGGCCCAAGGUUCUCCACCCCUGCCAUAGAUGAAGUUAUAACCAGGACUUGGAUAGCUACCUAGUGGCCUUCUGUUCAGGCUAACAACCUGGCUAAUGCUUGUUUCAGAUGGUAGAAAAUCAAUAUUGCGUAUUUCCCCAAGACCAUUGGCUUCCAAGCAGCUGACUCUUUUUCUCUCUUCUUCCUGCGCCCCAUCAGGUAGGUUAGGGGCAUAUGGUUUUUGGUUACCAUGAGUCUUGUAAGAGAUAUAGGACGAUAAUGGCAUGGACGAUAAUGGCAUGGAAAGCUUGCAGCAGCAGUCCAUGUACUACCAUGAGAUAAGAGAGUAAACAAACAACCACAGUACGUAUGUUGAAAUUAGCUUAAUGGAGCAUGUCUUCAAAGCCCAUGAUUAAAAGAGAUUGGCUCUAGCCUGCUUCCAUUUCUUACACCCUGGCUCAUGUGAUGUGGUGAGGGCCAAGGGUCUUUUUGUGUGAAGUUUGGCGCAUGGCAAUGUGUUCACAUGCCCCACUUCUACAAGGUAAACUGCCAGGGAGCAUUUGAGGCACCACAUUAAGAGUGAUGCAGGUAGAACCGAUGGAUGGUACCCCUGUGGCAUUGUCAAUACUUAAAUUUGUUAGGUCCAUUGUAGGAUCAUGUGUCCUGGCAUGAAUUAGAUGCAGUAAACUCUGGUCCAUGGGCAAAUGUGGCCCUGCAUCAUGCAGAAAGUAGAUUUGAAUUCACCUCUCAACAGCUGAUGGGUGGUGAGUUGAAAUGUGCUAGAUCAGCUGUGCAUCUGAGUUCCCCAGGCAGAACUUGAUUGCGCAACUGUAUCCCUGCAGAAAGCAGGACUGCUCCGUACUUUGCAUGGGAUUGGCAAAGCCCUUGCACUGUCAUUUCCAAGUGCUUGAAAACUGCUGCACAAGGUACUUUGGCAGGCGGGAAGGGCAACGCACCUGCCAGUCACUGCCCACCAUCAAAGCUGGCCUGUUGAGGUAGGAUUGGAGAUUCCCUAGCAAAUCCUGAAAUGUGUUUAAUCAUUUAGGAGCAUUUGUAUGCUACUUCAAGGCAGCUCACAAUGCCCACUCUUCAGAAGCAUCUCUUGAUGCGAUGCUUGAAGCUGCCUAGAAUGACUCAUAUGAAUCAUAAUGAGCCCAAAUCUUUCUUGCAAUCAUAGACACAAUUGCCUAAGAGUAUUUGAGCACAUCAUGAUUCAUAUGGUGCAUUCCAGGUAUCUUCAGUCACUACAUCAAGAGGCAUUUAACAUAUUCCAGAGGACUCUUCCAAAUAGCAAAGUGGAUGAUUUUCUUAAAUUUGUAUUUAUUUUAUUUUUAAUUGUUCAGACAUAUUGGGGAUAUUUUAGCUGGAGGAUUCUGGAAUUGUAAUAUUCUUAAAUGACUAGGAAAGCUAGGGACAAUGUGGUCCUAAAUGUUCUUAAAAGGUAAAGGGACCCCUGACCAUUAGGUCCAGUCGUGACUGACUCUGGGGUUGCGGCAUUCAUCUCGCUUUAUUGGCCAAGAGAGCUGGCAUACAGCUUCCGGGUCAUGUGGCCAGCAUGACUAAGCUGCUUCUGGCAAACCAGAGCAGCGUACAGAACACCGUUUACCUUACUGCCAGAGUGGUACCUAUUUAUCUACUUGCACUUUGACAUGCUUUCGAACUGCUAGGUUGGCAGGAGCAGGGACCGAGCAACAGGAGCUCACCCCAUCACGGGGAUUCGAACCACCGACCUUCUGAUCAGCAAGUCCUGGGCUCUGUGGUUUGACUCACAGCUUACUCAGCAGUAAAUCUUAUUGAGCGUAGGGACUUUAUUUCCCAAAUCCACUUCAGAGUGCAAGCUAAUUUUUGUCUCUUGCAUUGAACCUAGUGGAGGCUGGUUCAUAUAGACUGAAUAAGGGAUUACCCCACUAGCUCCAAAACACCCUCAGCCUACUGCAUCUGCCAGCCCCAAUGGCCGUUAGUCACCACUGAUUAGACUAGAUGUUUCGAACUCACCUGAGCAUCUCUACAUCUCUCCAAAUUUAGGCUACACCCAUAACAUUUAGAAUUAUAAAUAUUGGCUUGUUAAAGAAAGUGUCAGUGUGGGUUUCAGUAGGCAGGGAGAGAGAAUACCCUUAAUUUUUGUUGGCACAAAACCAAUGUUUGCUAGAGCUAGCCAGCUAGUUUGCCAGGUGCUUCUGCACUGUCUAACUUGCAAGGCAACAUGAAGAUUGCAUCUCUGUAGGACUAACACUUCAUGCCAUGCACCCAUUAUAUUGGGUUUCCAUGGCGGCAAAACACCUUUUCCAGGUGUCUCUCUCUAUAUAUCAUCUCCACUCUUCCUCAUCUCUGUUUUCUUGCUAGAGACGAGCCAUUCUAAGGCACAACUUAAUUUCAGAAACAAAAUCUUGAACUAGGUACCUAAAUUAUUUAAUUUAGAAGACGAAUAUAAAGAUGUGGGGCAGCGAGAAAUAAUUUUUCAUGUGCAAGGAAACCUAUUUGAUACAAUUAGGGAUAUGUCCUAGGGGAGAAAAGGACAGCCAAAUAGAGUCAGUUGAUGCCUUCUGAGCUCUUCUGAUCUUCCACCCCUGGAGAUGCUCUGUGUUCCUUAUACAGUGGUACUUUGGGUUACAUACACUUCAGGUUACAUACUCCGCUAGCCCAGAAAUAUUGCUUCAGGUUAAGAACUUUGCUUCAGGAUGAGAACAGAAAUCGUGCUCCGGCAGCACGGCAGCAGCAGGAGGCCCCAUUAGCUAAAGUGGUGCUUCAGGUUAAGAACAGUUUCAGGUUAAGUACGGACCUCCAGAACGAAUUAAGUACUUAACCCGAGGUACCACUGUAGUAGCAAGCACCUUUGAAUCCACUUCACUCCACCUCCAAAUAGUAAUUGCUGAUUCACACCACCCUGAAACAAGGCUACUAUGCAAGCUGCAAGGUAUCUGAGCUUGGGUGUGCUAUGAAAUUACUGUAGGUUGUGUCCAAUGCUAGUCCUACUCAGGAUAGACACAUUGAAAUCAAUGUUCAUGGCUAAUUUCAGUUCAUUAAUUUCAGCAGGUCUAUUGAAAAUGAGAAGUUCAGUGGGUCUACCCUGAGCAGAACUUAGUUGGUUAUAACCCAAUAUCAUUGUAUCUUUGUACAAGUUUGUCUCUUUCCCCCCACCAUACAGGGUAUUGCUUCACUGCUGCACUACAAAGACAUCUGAGUCAGACACAGUUCUGCAAGGCUUUAUAUUGUAUUGAGAUGCCUCACCAUAAACUCCUAUUCCAAAAAUACCACAAAAAUAAAUAUAAUUUUUAUAUAUAAAUAUAAAAAUAAUUUUAAAUUACUUGAUAAAUAUGUGCAGUGAGGGAAGAAGGCUACCGCUCAUUGGACGCUGGUCUUUUGGGGCAAAUAGGGUACUGCUAUAUCAGUCUUCGUAUGUCCUCUGCCUACCCCCACCUGCCUGCCUUCUUUCUUACAACAACUGAGGUGAUAAUCCCUUCGGGUCAGCUUGAUCCUUCUGCAGCUCAGUGUUGCCCUUUGUAAAACUAAGCAGGGAAGAGGAUGAGAACAAAACUAGAAUUAGUGGGCUCCACCUGUCAUUGGCUCUGGCUCUUGUCCAUCUCUUGUUGGUCUCCCUUUCUUAUGCCCUACCAGUCCCAACAGGAAUCAAACACCACUGCCCUUACUCAGUGGUCGAUCACAUGCUUUGCAUGCAGAGAGACCCGGAUUGGGUCCCAGACAGUUCCAGUUAAUCAGAUCAGCAGGUAGUGUCAGGAAAUACUUACUUCUGCCUAAGGCACUAGAGAGUUGCUGCCCUUCAGAGUUGACACUACUGGACUGGAUGGUCAAAUAGUCUCACAUAGUAUUAGGCAACUUCCUACUCACCUAAAACUCCAUUUUAUGUAUCUACUGGUAUGUACAAGAUACUAGAAAAAGCCAAAUUGUCAUUACUGUUCAUUGUCAUCUCCCUCUCCACCCUGCUUCCCAUUCCCCAAUCAAUAAUCAGGUGUUCACAAAAUAUAAAGAAAGGCAAAUUUAUUUUCCACUUUGAGUAAGAGUGCUCUAAGCAACAUUUAUUUCUUAUUCUUUGAGGGGAAACCGGGCCAAUCUUUUUUUAAGAAAUGAAAUGAAAUAAAAAUAUAGCGCAGACAAUUUAUUGGACAAGAGCACAAAGAUUACAGAUCCACAAUAUCAAGAUGAUUCCUUGAAUGUAAAUAAUCAGUGCUAUAGACAUUACAGAACAUUUGUUAUUAUUUUUAAAUCUACUUGCAUAUUUGCCAUAUUUGGUUGUGUACUUAAUUACUGUAAUUUCCUCUAAUUGCACAGUACUGUAAUUUCCCUUAAUUACAUUCAUAGUGUGCAUACUUAAAAUCACAACACUGGGGCACUUAAUUUUACAACAACCCAUAAUAAACCUCCAGGAAAACAAUGCCUUCCCAAUGUUGUGUUGGAAGCAUUAGAAACCUGACAUUCUUUUGGAUUUCCCCCCUUGAUACACACACUUUUUGAUGGCUGAGAUAGAUAGAUAGAUAGAUCUACCUACCUACCUAUCUACUGUAGCAAAAAAUAAUAAUACAAGCUCCUAAUACUAGCCGUGAUGGUUAUGAUGUAUCUCCACUGUUGGCAUGCCUGUCUAUGCCCAUUGCUGGGAAUCACAAGUGGGCAGAGUGCUGCUGCAUUAAGAUCUUGCUUUUGAGCUUCCCACAGGUUUGAUUGGCCACUGUGAGGAUGGGUUGCUGUACUAGGUGAACCAUUGGUCUGAUCCAGGAGGGCUCUUGUUAUGUUUUUCCCCACACAACCAUUGUAUUUAUGAGUGAAGAGUAGGAUUUUGUCCACUGUUGGUACCUCUGUGAACUGAAUGUUCAGUGAUAGCUUUAACAAGGACAGCCUUAACACACACAUAGUGAGCAGUAAUUUUGGGGUCAAGGUUUAUGGCCAUAAGUCAUGAUUCUAUUGCCCCUCUUCCAAUGUAACUACUGAAUACAUGAAUGGAGGAACCCCUCUCUAGCCAAUUAGAUUGGGUGGGUAGGACUUCCUUCCAAACCCGAGGUGGGGCAAUCAAUCAAUCCCUGUGCUAUUUGUCAUGUCAUUGAAGUGCUUGAUCUGUCAGUGCUUUUUAAGAUGUCCCUGACUUUUUCCUUUGUGUUUUCCUCUUAGUUUACCAGCUGAUUUCAUGA